CAGGGGUCUCUGCACCCCGGUGCGAGGAGAAGCAGUUGACUGCUCGGGGUGGGGGCGGGCCCCCGGCGCGUCCUGGGCCGGCAUUUUGGAUACACUAGUUAGGUCUCCACAUCCGUAACACCUGUGUCGGGGUCGUCGUGGGGCCCGAGACGACAUGCGCGUGUAUGGCACUCAGAGUUGCCGCAGUGCCUUCUGCCGUUAAGAGCUGUCAAGAUGUCUGACAAGAACCAGAUCGCCGCCACAGCUUCCCUUAUUGAGCAACUGAUGUCUAGAAGGAAUUUUGAGGAUCUUGGCAACCACCUUACUGAGCUAGAAACUUUUCAUGUGACUAAAGAGCAUCUCCAGGAGACCGUUGUGGUCAGGGCCGUGUACAGAGUCCUCAAAACUUGCCCCAUGGUGGCUUUGAAAAAGAAAGCCAAGCGUCUGUUGUCAGAAUGGAAAGGGCUCUAUAAGGAUGUGCACUUCAGACCAACGGACAACCCAGAAUCAUUCGCCGCGGGUGGAAAUGAAGAAAACCCAGGGCUUUCUCAUGACCCAAGUCAGGGUGCAACAUUGGGUGGCUCCAUUUCUAAUUCAUCAUCCCACGACAUUGCAGAAGCCAUUAAAAUGACUGCGCCCGAAAAUAGCACUCGGCCAGUGGAACCUGAGGAAAAGCAUCUCAGGGGUGGUGACCCUAAAUCCGCUGAUGAGCGAUCCAGUGAGUUGCUGGAUCCUACAGUCCCUGUGAGAGCUAAAUGCACGGAGCUUCUUUACGAAGCUUUAACGAGUUCUUCCGCAGACCAGCCCAAAGCUGAUUUGUGUCGCAACCUGGCAAGAGACAUUGAGGAGCACAUUUUUACCCUUUAUUCCAAGAACCUCAAAAAAUACAAAACCUGUGUUAGAAGCAAAGUCGCCAAUCUGAAGAACCCCAAAAGCUCUCACUUGCAACAAAGCCUGCUCUUGGGGACCAUGUCUCCGAGAGAAUUUGCCGCGAUGACUGUCAUGGAAAUGGCACACAAGGGCCUGAAGCAGUUGAGAGCCUCGUACACGGAAUCUUGCAUACAGGAACACCGCCUUCCGCAAGUGCUGGACGGCACGCACACAAAGAAAAUAAAAUGCAGACGCUGUGAGAAGUUCAAUUGCAAGGUCACCGUAAUAGCCAGAGGAGCGCUUUUCCUUCCAAGUUGGGUGCGGCGCUCCAAUCCAGACGAAGAAACGAUGACCUAUGUGAUCUGUAACGAGUGCGGGGAGCAGUGGUACCACAGCGGGUGGGUGUGCCUGUAAGUGCAAAUACAAGCUCUCUUCUCAAAGA